AUGGCGACGAAUGAUCAGAUCAAGAACGCGCUGCUGACGGAGCACUUCCGAUACACGCCGCUGGUAAUCAACGAACUCGUCUACCAAGCAGUCGGCGAGGUCCAGACGGCGCUUCUCAACGUGCCCAAGGAACAGCUCGGCUUUCCCGCAACCGCGCCCGCCCAACAAGACGACAAGACCGACGAAGCGGAUGAAGCUGCGACGACGGAAAUCGAGGCUGGAAUUGUCAAGCUCGAGAGUCUGCUCAACUCGACCAUCGACAAGAACUUUGACAAGCUCGAAAUCUACACGCUGCGCAAUCUCUUGACCGUCUCGAAUGCGAAAGAGGAUGAAGGACUAGAGAACUGGAUAGUCCUGGAUCACUACAAGAACCUUCAACCUUCUUCCGCAGACGGCAAUGCGCCAACGCCAGAAUCCGUCAACCGCCUGCGCCGCAAAGUACAAGAGACGGAAAAGCUACAAUCAGCCUUGAAAGCAGAGGCCGCACAGAAUGAAGCCUUGCUCGCCCAACUACGACCACUCAUGUCAGCUCCGCCGGCUGCCAAACCCGCCUUCAAGCCCGACCAAGACACGCCACAACAAGACACGACUGCGUCCUUCUCCUUCCUCAGAAAUACGCCAUCGGCCGCAGCUCUAGGAGUGGGCUCGGAACGACACGCCAACUCGCUCGCCCAGAACACCAGCUUCGUCUACUCGCAAAUCCACGCUCUGCGAGAAAUCGUCACUGCUCUGCGCGCACACCUCGCGACUCUACCCGCGAAGAACAUGGCAGCCACCGUGGAUCAGUCCACAGAAGCAAGACAUGCAUAUAUCGAGAGCCAGACGCGUCGCGCCUUGGACAGGGAAGGUGUGGAUGCUACUCCGGCGCCAGACACCGAGUCGUUGGGAAGACGCAUGGGUGGAGAAGAGACCCGGGCGCUGGAGAGUAUUGUUGCUGCCAUGGCUGCACAAAAUCAUACAACGGACAGGAUGGAAGAAUGA